GAGGCGAGCGGGAGGGAGGUCGCCAGCGCCUGCCUCGGCCGAGUGGGCCUUUCGGGCUGCUUUCCUUCCUGGGCGGCCGGUGCAUGAUGGAAGCAGCAUGGCCACUCAUUUCUCCUUGACACAGCUAUCAAGUGCAAACCCAGUGUAUGAGAAGUACUACCGUCAGGUUGACCCUACUAACUCUGGAAGGGUGCUGGCUUCUGAUGCAGCUGUCUUUCUGAAGAAAUCAGGGCUGACAGACUUGACCCUUGGGAAGAUUUGGGACCUUGCUGAUACAGAUGGCAAAGGCAUCUUAAACAAGCAGGAAUUUUUUGUGGCUUUACGUCUUGUAGCUUGUGCACAGAAUGGAUUGGAUGUUUCACUGAGUAGUCUUAACCUGCCUGUUCCUCCACCUAGAUUUAAUGAUUCCACUAGCCCUUUAUUAUCUGGAGGAGCGCCAGUCGAUAUCCCAUGGGCUGUUAAGAUAGAAGACAAGGCCAAGUAUGACGCUAUCUUUGAAAGCCUUAACCCAGUGAAUGGCUUGCUGUCAGGUGAUAAAGUGAAACCUGUUCUGCUCAACUCUAAACUGCCAGUUGAUAUCUUGGGAAGGGUUUGGGAGCUUAGUGAUAUUGACCAUGAUGGAAUGUUGGAUGGAGAUGAAUUUGCAGUUGCCAUGUUCUUGGUUUACUGUGCUCUUGAAAAAGAACCUGUGCCAAUGUCCUUGCCUCCAGCAUUGGUGCCACCUUCUAAAAGAAAAGGGGUUGGUCUACCAGGCACAGUGCAGUUGGUGCCCCCUUCAACAUCUGGUAAAGAUCUUCAACAGUCCAUAGGACCUGUAGGCCUCUUGCCAUCUAAAACACCAUCAUUAACACAGUGGGUUGUAUCGUCUGCAGAUCAGAUAAAAUAUAAUGAAAUCUUUUUAAAAAUUGAUAAAGACGUGGAUGGCUUUGUAUCUGGGGUGGAAGCUAGAGAUUUAUUCUUAAAGACUGGUCUGCCAUCUACCUUACUUGCACGUAUCUGGGCUCUGUGUGACACAAAGGACUGUGGGAAAUUGUCCAAAGAACAAUUUGCUUUGGCCUUCCACUUCAUCAAUCAGAAGUUGACAAAGGGCAUAGAUCCUCCUCAACUGCUAACUGCAGAGAUGAUUCCUCCAUCAGAGAGAACCACUCUACAAAAGAACACGCUAGGAUUGAGCCCUGUAGCAGAUUUUUCUGCAAUCAAAGAGCUAGAUAGUUUAAGCAACGAAAUAGUUGAUCUACAGAGGGAAAAGAAUAAUGUGGAACAAGACCUAAAGGAAAAAGAAGACACAAUCAAACGAAGGACAAGUGAGGUGCAGGAUCUUCAGGAUGAAGUAAAGAGAGAGAGCAAUAACUUGCAGAAGCUCUUGGCUGAGAAGCAGGAAGCAGAGGAAAUCCUUAACGGUCUUGAUGAGGAGAAAGCCAAGCUGGAAGAGCAACUUAACACCAUCCAACAGAAAUGUGCUGAGGAAGCUAAUUUGAUUGCAUCACUAAAGGCAGAAAUAACUGAUCAGGAAUCAAAAAUCUCAGUAUGUAAAGAUGAUUUGAAUAAAGCCCAAGAAUUCCUAAGCAGACUCCAGCAGGAAACAGGAGAGCUUGAAAAAUGUGUGGAGGCAGGAAGAUUGCAGCUGGAGCCUCUUCAAAAGGACCUUCGUGACUCACAACAAGAAAUAACUUCAGUGCAAACAAAACUGUUUGAGCUCAAAGAGUUGGAAAAUAAUCAGUUUAACUGGGAGGUCCAGCCCCGUAGUACACUGCUUAAUGGGAAUAUAGAUCAUUCUAGCCUCAGCAACAGUAGCAGUGAGCCAGCGAACUUGAACGAGAAUGCAGAAGGAGAGAAUUCAGCAGCUGCUGAGCAGAUAAGUCAUGAAUCUCCUGCCAGGAAUAGUCCUGAAGUAAUACAUGUAGAAGCAGAAGCAGAAGAAGAGGCGAAAGAGAUCAUGCCACCAGAUGUUACCAAAAAAGAAGAUCCAUUUGAUGAAGAAUCAGAUCAGGUCUCUGGUCAGACUACAGGAUCUAAUAUAGAUUUCUUUGAAUCUGAUCCAUUUGUUGGUAGUGAUCCUUUCAAGGAUGAUCCUUUCGGGAAGAUUGAUCCUUUUGGUAGUGAUCCUUUCAAAGGCUCAGAUCCCUUUGCUGCUGACUGCUUUUUCAAGCAGUCUUCUGCAGAUCCUUUUGGAAAUACUGACCCCUUCAGUGCAACCAGCAACAGCAGUGAUUCUACACUUGACACGCUGAAGAAUAACGAUCCUUUUGCUCCUGGUGGAACUGCUGUCACUGUAUCAAAUGAUCCAGCUACAGAUCCCUUUGCCUCUCUGUUUGGAAAUGAAUCAUUUGAAGGUGGAUUUGCUGACUUCAGCACAUUGUCAAAGGCAAACAAUGAUGAUCCCUUUAGUUCAUCUACAACGGGCUCUAUGAAGAAUGUGGUCAUAACCAAAAAUGUGUUUGAGGAACCUCAAACUAAAAAUGAAGAUGUUCCUCCUGCCUUGCCACCCAAAACUGGAACACCUACUAGACCUUGUCCUCCCCCACCUGGAAAAAGACCUAUCAACAAAUUGGAGUCUUCAGAUUCCUUUAAACUGAAUGAUCCUUUCCAGCCCUUCCCAGGCUGUGAUGGUCCCAAAGAACAGGAAGCUGACCCAUUUGCUCCCACUGGUGUGUGCAAAGAAAUGGACACCAGCAAUUUUGCUAAUUUCAGUGCUUAUCCUACUGAAGAAGAUAUGAUUGAAUGGGCGAAGAGAGAAAGUGAGAGAGAGGAGAAAGAGCGACUUGCAAGGUUAAAACAACAAGAGCAAGAAGACUUAGAGCUAGCUAUCGCACUCAGUAAAUCUGAGAUAUCAGAAGCAUGAAAAAUUGCCUCAUCCAUUUCUCCCUUUCCUUGGAUAACUAAGCUAUAAGUAAAGUUGAUCAGAGGAUACAUACAAACAUGGAAGUGUAAAAGGCUUUAAAUUCCUGCAAAUGUGAUUUUUGAGCAAUUUAUUUGAUAUUCCUUUUCAUAUUCACUAAUCUCGUCAGACAAUUUAAUAUAGGAAGCUUACAAUUCCCUUUAUUUUGGAAAUCUUAAUUACUAUAAACCAUUACACCAAAGUAGGUUCUUUUAAUAUAAAAUAGAUAGCUCUGUAUUAUUCUACAGUUAGGUUAUUGAGGCACAACAAUCUGCAUUUUGAACGGUCUCUGAAAAAAAAUAAAGUCUCAAGCCUAGUUCCUUUUUUAAUUUGCACUGAUUAUACUCCUUGUGUAGUUGAAGAUCUAAAAGGGUGUGUGGGACUACAAGAAAAUAAUGCAUUGUGUCGCCUUUCGUCAAUGCAGAUGGCUGUGUAAUAUGUUACUGGGAUUUGUUGUUAAAAUUAUUAGGAAGUUUGUUACAAAUUAUGAAUAGCUAUACUUCAGAAGAGUUUCUGUGAUGCUAAGUUAUUUAGUUCUCCCAGGCAACUUGGAUAGCAACAUUCACUUUCACAACAUUCACAAACAAAGAUGAUUAUAACCAAUCAGACUGGUGAAAGCACAUAAGAUCUAGCUUACAAAUAUUCACGUAACUAGCCAUUGCUGUGAUAAUCCAACUUCUAAAACAUUCUAGUUAUUAAACCUAUGUUUUACAGAGAUGACAGCAGUUGAUACUAGGCAAAUCGAGUAUAUUUUCACUAUUGCUUCAUUUUAUGAGGCUCUUGAUAACUAACAGAAAGUUAGGUUCCAGAUGCAAUAAAUGUUGUCUGAAACUUUUAACUGCCAAUUUACAUGUUCUUGGGGGGGCAGUUAAAUGGAAAAUUGGGAUAUUUUCCUCUGGGAGAUGAAUAAAAUUAGACUGUUUGGCCAAGCCUAUUGUCAGGAAAUCUGGUGUCCCACUGCUAAUUGAGCCAAUUUCUUCUGUGGAAUAUGCAACUAAACUGGCAUAAGGACUGCUGAAUUUGAACUAGGGUAGGAAGUAGAUAUAGCUUACAACAGUCAGAUGCUGUUAUGUAUAAUUUAUUGAAUGCCAACUGAUAGUUGCACCUUAAACUGAAAUUUUCUUUUAUGGUCACUGAGUCAAAAUAAGAUUGAAUGUUAAUGAAAAUAACUUAUUCUUAUUCUGUCCUAUGUUUUUUUUCCUGCAAAGUUCAUUCAGAAUUAUUCCUUUCCCAUACUUAAUACAUGCACAAUUUGACUGCAGCCUUUCCAAACACUGUGGUAUUCUUGCCUGACAGAAAGAGUUUUAAACUUUUUUUUCCUACUGCAAGGGGUUGCAUAAUCACAGUUGUCAGGCUAAAACCUUCCAGGAAUCUCUUGAUCCUUCUGGAAGAAUCUUUAGAAGAAGGUAGUUUUUCUUAGUUUUCUUUAAAACUUUGAGAAUGGUUCCAAGAAACUUUUUCUCUUGUACUGGAAAAUUACUAUUUGGAAACACAUCAGAAAAGUAGCCUGACAAAACCUCUUGCAAGUAUUAAUAUGCAUAAUUUAUCUACACACACUUUAUAAUAACAUUAAUCGUGCAUAUUGUAUGUUUAAUUGGCCUUCAUAGAUUUCUUACUUUUUUUGUUAAAUGUAUACUCAGUGGACCAAUAUUUGUAUAUAUAUAUAUAUAUAUAUUAUACUAUACAUAUUCAAGCUUUCUUGUAUAGGAUUGAAAGUUCUGAGUCACUUGAUGUUACAUUUCAUGUUACUGACUGAUUACAGAACCUUUACUCGAAGGCUUCUAAAUAAACCACUGCUAUGUCAGCUUCAAUGGCAUUACUGUUAAAGUUUUAAAAGGCUUUUAAGAACUUGUUCGGGGGGGGGUUAGCCUGUGUUUAUAGACCAUUGUUUAAAAAUUCUAAAAAUAGCCUGUAAUUAUGAAUAAAACAGUUUAAGUAUUUAA